AGCAGCUGUCCAUACAUCAAACCUGCCAUGAGAAGUAGUUAAUGCUAACCAUCUCUCAAUAAAAUUCCAUUAGCUUAGAGGGUCUUCCCCUACUACCAGGCUACCACUACCGCUUCCUCUAGAGUCUCACAAAGAAUAACGCCAUUAAUUAGGAGCCAGAUAGCUCGCUGGUUAGGUGGCUAUUAAGCUAGGUUGUUCCACCAUCACCCCUAACCUCUCCACACGAACUCGACCUAGCAGAAUUUAGCUGCUGCGAGCUGCCGGCCUGCAAUGGGGCACCAGCACCAGAUAUUCGAAGACCCGUUCGCGAGCAGCAUAUCGUCGCUGGAGGCGGACAUCUUCUCCGUCGCCGCCGGCCACCACCAUCCGCAGUGGCCGGGCCUCGACCACGACGUCCCGUUGGCGCCGGCUGCCAACAACGGCACAUCGUCCGGCGGCUACGGCUCCCCCGGUGGCGGCGACGGCUCGGGCUCCCACCGCAAGAUCAGCCACAACGCGUACGAGCGCGACCGCCGCAAGCAGCUCAACGAGCUCUACUCCGACCUCCGCUCCCUCCUCCCCGACACCGAUCACACGAAGAAACUGAGCAUUCCGAUCACGGUGUCGCGGGUGCUCAAGUACAUCCCGGAGCUGCAGAAGCAGGUGGACGGACUGGAGAAGAAGAAGGAGGAGCUGACGCGCGCCAACUGCAAGCCCGGCGUGCUGACCAUGAAGGAGAACAUGGCUCCGAUCGUGUCCGCCACCUGCCUCGAUGACAGAGAAAUCAUGGUCCAGGUCAGCCUAGUGAGCACCAUGGCCGGAGUUCUGCCCAUGUCCAAGUGCAUCAAGGUGCUGGAGAACGAAGGCCUACGCCUCAUCAGCUCGUCGACUUCCGCGUUUCACAACAGGACGUUCUAUAGCCUCCAUCUUCAGAGGGUUUAUACUACUACCGAAGUGUCAACAUUCAUUGGUGAUCAAUCUUUACACCCUUGGCAAAGAGCACGACCGAGGUCCCUCUAUUUCAGUCAUUUGUUUGGUUUUUUGGACAUGAAGAACAAAGCACUUGGGUGGACGAGGUUGUUGCUUCUUCCUCCUAAUUCAGCCAGGCCCGCGCUGGAUGGCUUCCGCUGUCCAAACAUCAUGGUCCGGACGCAUGCAGGAGGUUUGCAGGUCGGCGUUGGAGAUGCCCUUACAUGAAGCGAUGAUGAAGCUGCAGUAGCGGCGAUAGAGAACCCAACGGACGAUGAGCAAGGAGUGUCCGGCAUUUUGUGAAGAACUGGAGAACGCCCUGACGCAAAAGGCAGGACUACGUCUACAUCACCACCAGUAGCUCAUAUGUAGCAUAAGAAUGGUGUAUACUGUGGUGUUUAACCACCAUGAAUCAAAAUACAUGCAUGCCAUAGAUAUAGGGCAAAUACACAAGAUAAAUAGUACUGCUGAUAUGCAUGCACGAUCGUACGUAUAAUGCAGCGUGUUUCAUAUAUAGUAACUAUAUGCAAUUGUAUAUACAUUUCUAUGUA